AGCCGUGACUAUGUUUACUGUCCCAGGCUCCUGUAUCAAGUGAAGAAGAUUGACUUUUUGUGUCCUUUAAUAGGAUCUCCUGCCAAGACUACACGAUCACAGUCCCCCAUGAUGACAUUACGCUCACCGCAGAAGACCUCUGUGCCUCCGUUCACCCCCUCACCAACAGAGUGCCAGUCGACAGGGUUGGUGUCGAAUUCUCCGGUGCUUUCUGGAAGCUACAGCAGCGGUAUCUCGUCUCUCAGUCGCUGCAGCGUCUCUGAGGCCUCCGGAACUGAGAACACACCCGCUGACCAUGCCCUCCCAAACUCCACCUCCAGCGGAUCAGACGAGCUUAUUCGGCGGGAGAACAAGACCCCGCCUCCUUACAGCAUACAUGAGCGGAACAACCCCCGCAGGCAGGUCCCGCUUCCACCGAGCUUUUCGAUUCCUCCAAGCAUCGACGCGCCACCUAUUCCACCCAAACCGCACCAGAUUCGAAGGCAAGACACUGAGCCACGCCGGUCUGACCAGUUUCCCAGACCCCGGCCCCUUCCCAGGAAAGUCUCACAGCUCUAACGCUGCGCCCUUCACUCCAACCCCACCGUUUGCACUUUUACACUUAACCUCUCUGGGUUUACGAAUACAAACUCACAAAUUAGAUUAAAUGUAUAAAGUAGACUGUGGAAUAUUUUUAUUAUAUAUACGUAUAUUUAGAGUGAGAGAGGGGAUACGGGGGUAUGACUGCAUUUUAUGCACUUUUUAGGUCAGAAAUUAUAACUUCACUUGUCAAAUUAUCCGAGCCCCUGAAUUAACUCUAAACAAAACUAAGAACCAUGGUAUUUUCUCAGAUUUUUCAUAGAUUUAUCAAUGCUAAUGUGUAUUUAUAAUGGUUGAUACAAGACAUGUUUGCCUUAAGAGUCUUUUUAUCAAUGAGAAAUGCAUGAUUAAAAGUACUUUGUACUUUAUAUUUAGACAAAAGGUGCUAAAAGUCAUCUAUAUUAAUGUUAGCACGAUAUGUUCAGGAUUGCAUUUUCUUUUGGGUUUAAGGCCUGUUCACACCGAAUGCGAGGAAAAAUGUGGGGUAAAAUAAUGAAAUAUUACCACAUUCAAAUUUAAAAAUGUAUUAUUUAUUGCAGAUUUGCAUUAAAUUCACUUUCCUGCAUUGUCAUUAUAUAUAUAUAUGUAUAUAUGUAUAUUGUGCAUGAGGCGACUUAAACAGCACCUUUGCACAAAUUCCUAUGUGCCCUGUGGCUUUAUAUUUAUGCACAUUUAUUAUAUAUGCACAUAUUUUAUUAGCGGACUUUCAAAGGAGACUGGGUUUAUGUCUGUAUUACAAAGGGUUCACAAACUGGAACCACUUACAUAUGUAAUUUUCGUGUUCAAAAAGGGGUGUGCAAUUCCAGUACAGAGGUUAAAAGGCUUAAAUGCCACCAAUGUGCUGGACUGUGCAGCUGCAGUGUUGACUCUGUAAAUACAAAAAAAGCAUGUAUGUCAUUGCUCAGCCAGUUAUAUUUGCAGUCUGAUGUGAAAAAAACGUUCCGCACUCGGAAAGAAGUUUGCACUCGGUGUGAAUAGGUCUUUAGAAAGGUCGCUGCUUUUGUAAGACCAAGCUACCGUAGUCUCAUUUCUUAUUACUAAAAAUCCACACACACAGAGCUUUCAUGGGUUCGAUGAAUCCGAAAAGUUUCCGUUUGAACUGCCACCUUUGCAUUGACCUAUGUGAAGUUGUACCUUCAGCCCAUUUAUGUAAUUGGAACGCGAUUGUGGGCGAGUCUAUAUUGGCUUUCGGAGCCCUGCAGCAUUGAUAGUUCCUUUAGGUUUCUUUGGCGUUUGGGGUCUGAAUGUUUGGAACCCUUGUAGGUGGUGUGAAAAAUUCCCAACAAGGGUUUCCGUACGGAGCGCACAUGCCCACGCGAUAUAAAUGGAGAUGGACUUUUGUGGAGUUUUGCCAAGUGUUGUGCCAAAGGAACAGGUGGGCUGUAAGGAAAAUAGAUGUCUUGAACCCGAAGAUGCUUUAUUAGGAUGCAAAUGGAGCGUUAGACAUCCACUGUAAUAGACUUAACCAUAGAACUCAUGGUGCACCGGACCACUUUACAGCACUGCGUUACCGUACUGCUGCUGGUUGUCUAAAAGACAGUGAGACAAAGUGAUAUAGCCUGGUAAAAGAGCUUCAUAUGAAAGGUACUUGAUCUACCUAGGGCAUUACAGAGACUCAAGCUGCCAUUGGGCAAUAAGGGCUGCCAUUCCUCUUCACACUUAUAAUCUAAACGCAUGUGCUCCAGUCAAAUCUGGAAUGACACCUCUGGAUUACGCUUCUAAACAUGCAUAGCCACUUCUGUAGAAGCCAACACGUGGUUACACGGGGCACAGCAGUGCAAAAUGUCCAGCAAUGCUUCUGCAUUUUGCAUGCACAAUUUCAUCUGUUGUCCGAAUGUUGCCAAGUUUACAAUUCUGUAGGGCCCUGCAAACGAAAUCCAGGCAUAUAUAAAGCGGAGAGACCAGCUAUAGUUUUGUUUUAGUGGGAAAUGUGACCGUCUAACGCAGUACAGUGUCCUCAUUUGCUUUCUGUUUCUUAUUAAUUCUCAAAUUAACUUGAGUAUGAUUUUUAUUUUCUCCUUUUUUACGGUCACAUUUUAUGAGACUGGGAUUUGAUGCGAAUGCCAAAUGAUGGCAUUCACAAAAAUCAGUACUUGAGAAAACUGUAAAUUAAAUAAGAUUGUUGUAAUUAUGCCAAAUCUUGUCUAUUGUACAUAACGUGUUUUUAACAGAAGUGUAGCUAUAACAAAUUUACAGCUUUGAAUGUUUGAACAGCAAAUUAAGAUGAUAAAUGUCAAAUAUUUAUGUAUUUUGUGAGCGUAGGGAAAUGAGGUCCAGAAAGCAACUAACACAUUUACAUUCUAAUGAAUUCCUGUCUAAUAAACAUUUCCAGCAAGAACACUUUGAUUCAAGAGCUCAUUGCAUUCUUUUCUCGAAAGGUUAAUGCACGUCUGUAUAGAACUGAUUUCCAGGCUGAAUAUGCCAACGCACCAGUCAUGUAUGUUCUUCAGGAGUCUUGAAAUGUAAAUGCAGCUUAUAUAUGUAUAUAAAGUGUGUGUAUUUUACAGAUUAAGCUCCAUGACAGCCCAUUGGACCUCUAAUAAGGAUCAUAACAGC